AUGUCGGAGCAGGACGACACCGGCACGCCGCUGGUAAUCAUCAAGAAGAAGACAACAGCAUCCGCAGACGAUCUUGACGUACAAUUGCAGCCCAUCAAGAAGCGGUCAACAUUUCCACGAACUAUUAGUGAGCUGGUCACGACCCAGCUGGUACCAGGCGAUAUGGCUAAGAGUCAUGCCUUGUCCACCAACAUGGACGUCGACUAUGUGAUUGUUUUCCGCUCUCCGCCUUCAGAAAAGGUCAAGGCCGCCGCGAGCUUCGAGCAACUCUGUCAAAGACUGGCACAAGUCGGUCUGGCUAUUGAAACCCGGAAUGGCAAGGAGGACUCCCUGCUGGCCUUCACCAGAGUGGCAAGUGCUGAGCACAUGUACGCCGAGAUCUACAGAAGUCGUGUCAAGGACUGGAUCCAUGGUGUACGAGCUGGAGAGCCUGCUACUGACGUUCGAGCCUCUCUCGAGCAAGAUCCACUGACUGAUGCGGAACGUCUCCGGAUCAUCUAUCAACUCAUCACAAACUAUGAACAAGAUGGCGGAGCUGGCAUUCGACCGAAGUCUCGUGAGUGGCCGUAUGUGGAAAGCGUGUUCGCGUUGCACGACCAUACGUUCAACAAACAGCUUAUGACGAAGUGGGCUACUCAGUGGCAGAUCCAGACUGAAGAUCUUGACAACAUUCGGGAUCGCUUUGGCGAGAAAGUGGCCUUCUACUUCGCCUUCGAACAGACAUACUUCACUUUCCUGUUAGCUCCCGCAGGAUUUGGAUUCUUCGCCUGGCUAGUGCUAGGCUCCUUCAGCCCGCUGUAUGCAAUCUUCUCCUGCCUCUGGGCUACUGUCUUCAUCGAGUGGUGGAAGCACAAGGAAGGUGAUCUUGCCAUCAGAUGGGGCGUCCGUGGUGUUGGCAACAUCGAGAACAAGCGUCACGACUUCCGACCAACCAAGGAGGUCGAGGACCCAGCGACUGGCGAGAAGCAACUCAUCUUCCCAUGGGAGGACCGUCUCAAGCGCCAGCUCUUGCAGAUUCCGUUCGCGAUAGCAGCUGUCGUGGUACUGGGUAGUCUCAUCCUACUCUGCUUCGCGAUCGAGAUCUUCAUUGGUGAGGUUUACACCGGUCCUGGCAAGUCGAUCUUGACGUUCACUCCUACCGUGAUCCUAACGACAUGCCUACCUCUCCUUAGUGGGGUCAUGACGAACCUCGCGAAGCGCCUCAAUGACUUCGAGAACUACGAAACAGACUCGAAAUAUGAUCGUCAACACACUGGCAAGCUAUUGGUACUCAACUUCAUCACAUCCUACAUGGGAAUUAUGCUCACGGCAUUCGUCUACGUCCCAUUCGGCAGCGUCCUGGUGCCAUAUCUCGAUGUCUUUAGUCGACUGUUCGCGGCUAAGCAACACGAACACAUGGACGAGAAGGGCACGAAACCAGGUCACUUCACGAUCAAUCCCGACCGCCUGCGCAAGCAAGUCAUCUACUUUGCCGUCACCGCGCAGCUCGUCAACUUUGCCAUGGAGGUCGUUGUGCCAUACCUGAAGCGUCAAGGCUUUCUCAAGAUCAAGGAGAUGACUGCCAAGCGCGUUGGUGCUGCUUUACAGUCGCCGCCGUCCGCUGACAUGGACGACAACCCAGAAGAGAAAGAGUUUCUCGACCGUGUGCGAAGUGAGGCUGAGCUACCAGCGUACGAUGUGUAUGAGGAUCUCCGCGAAAUGAUCAUCCAAUUUGGAUACCUCAGCUUGUUCAGUGUCGUCUGGCCACUUGUGCCAGUUAGUUAUCUGGUCAACAAUUGGUUCGAGCUUCGUGCAGACGCUGUCAAGAUCUGCAUUGAAAUGCAACGCCCAACACCGUGGAGAGCAGACACGAUCGGACCAUGGCUGGACGCUCUCAGCUUCUUGACCUGGAUGGGAAGUAUCACAACACCAGCUCUGGCCUACAUGUUCUCGAAUGAUGGCAUCGGUCCUGAUGGUCGGCCACACGACAUCAAGGCUUGGGGUCUUCUGUUGUCCAUCUUCUUUAGCGAACACCUGUACCUACUCGUACAUGGCGCAGUUGCCAACGCGAUCUCCAAGAUCGACUCACCAGGCAAGCAGAAGGAGCGCAGAGAUCGCUACGAGACUCGUCAGAGACUGGUUCAGGACAGUCUUGCAAAGCUUCCUCAGACACCGAACAUGGGCAUAUACGAGGAGAAGCCAAUCACGAGAGAGUCACUGGAGGAAGAGGCCAGGCAGGGAAGUUUGAAGACCUCAACAGCGCUCGAGCGCUUCUGGAACAGACAGAGGAACUGGCGAGAGAGCGCUCAGGUUGGCAAAGGCUUGAUCGAGCACAAGAUGGACACGAAUCAAAGCGAGAAGUCGAAGAAGGAGCUCUGA